CCACCGGUUAGAACCGGUCAACCGGUAAAGGGGCCCUGGCGGAGCUGAUCCGCUAGAGGAACCCCCGACUUUUCCAUAUCGGUAGUUCUCUCCUCUCUGCUGUUAGGUGGCAACUGAUCACGAGCCUCGACUGCUUCCGUCUCUCUUCUCUCUCGUCUCGGCGAUCCCUGCCCCGAAACGAAACUAGUUCCGCCUUCGGAGCUGCCGUGAAGCGAAAGAGGUUUUGCUUGGUCUUUGACUUGCUAUGGGAUCUGGUGAUGAUGAGGUAGUAGAAAUUGACAGCUUGGAAAAGGGUUUGUUGGUGCAUGAUGGUUCGGGAGAAAGCCCGGAGAGCAAAGAGGAUCCCGUUUUAUAUGCAGCUACAUUUCAAGAAAUGGAAGAUGACUUCGUCAAAUAUCAAACAGCUCAAUGGGUUCUUUACUCUUUGCUUUUCAUCCUAGUUUGGGGGAUUGGCCUAUUCAUGCUACUCUAUUUGCCUGUUCGGAGGUAUAUACUAAGAAAGGACAUACGGUCGAGGAAGCUCUAUCUCACCCCCAAUGCCAUUGUAUACAAAGUGACUAAACCCGUACCAUUUCCAUGUUUUGGGGUGUUAAAGAAAGAGAAGCAUGUCCUAUUGCCUUUGGUUGCUGACAUUGUGGUUGAACAAGGUUAUUUGCAGUCCCUUUUUGGUGUAUACUCACUUAGAAUUGAGAAUAUGGGUGUGAGGAGGCCACCGAGUGAUGAUGUACAAAUACAAGGAGUUGCAAACCCUAAUGCUUUCCGAAAGGCUGUUCUAACACGUCUUUCGAGUAUGAAAAAUGAAGCUUUCUCUAGGCAGGUCUCAGCCAAAGAUGAUCCGACAAAUUUAACACUUGCUCCUUCAUCUGCUUCUUGGAUGUCUCCGUCUAAGUCAAUUCAAUACGACACUGUUGCUACUACUGGGGAGCAAUUAUUGCUACAAAGGCUCGAGGAAGUUGGAACUUCAGUGAAGAGAGUUGAAACUUUGAUUGAAGAGCAGUAUACUCAAGCAUCAGCAUCCUUAGAGUGAUGAUUCCGAAUUGGAGUAUGACUUCAACUCAGGCCUUUCUGUAAGUAGUUCAUCAAAGGAUUGCAUUGCACCAUUGCUUGCUCAAGUUUGACCCCACCAUUCAUUUACAUUAAACCAAUGUAUAAACGAGUGUAUUUCUGCUGUUAAUAAGUAGGAGAAGCGGCUCUCUUGCUUUCUGUCUUCCAUUAUUUGGACUCCGUAGUGAGAGAUCCAAAAUUGAUGAACGGGUUUCGAUAUACACCAGGCAUACUGUGGGCAAACCCGAUUUGUGCUCGAAAUUCUGAUGAUCUUCAAUUUGUGACGGGUAGUUUUAUGUGACAAAAAGUGAAUGGAGGUAUUUCCAGUUGUCUUAUU